AAGAGCAGCAGCAGCAGCAGCAGCAGCAGCAGCUCGGCAGGCUGAGCUGAGCCGAGAGACGGCAGCAUGGCGGGGCAGCAGGACUUCCACCAGGGCAGCCACUGUCACAGGAAAACCUGGAUCAAUAUAAUAGUGGGAAUACUACACUUACUUCUCCCCUUCCUACAGCGCGGAGGGGCUCAGCUCCAAGCUCUGAGUCAGAUGUCCAGCAGCGUGGUCGAGGUCUGGCAGCCAGAGGAGGCAGAGCCGUUUGUCCCACUUCAGGUGGAGAAGGAGCGAAGAAAAGACGGUGUUCCACUAGAAGAAAGCUCUUCUUCAUAUACAGGGGAGAAUGGGAAGCCAUUGCAUUUUCAGCCCCCUGUGUUGGAGUUUGGGACACAGCCGUUGGGGCUGCCAAGAGCCGAAACGAUAUAUAUACACAACCCCAGUCAAGAAGUAUCUGUGACGCUGCUGUCAAUGUUUACAUCCAGCAGGCAUUUUUACAUACCUUCCUUUCACAGAAGUGUGAUCCCACCACGGGGGAAGGCAUCUUUUAAACUAAUUUUCCUCCCAUCUGAGGAGGGCAAUAUAGAAAACACAUUAUUUAUAAACACGUCAGCCCAUGGGCUGCUGUCAUAUCAGGUAUUUGGUGUGGGAAGUCACCAAGCAUCAUUAAAGUCUUUCCAAAGAAAAGAUAGUCUUCUAAUUUUCCCUCACAUCCAGAGCAUUAAGCUGACCCAAACUCAGGAAGAUGCCUCCAACAUCACUAUUCUGGGUCUACUCCUGGAGUGCAGCUUACCCAAGAGUUUGCUGAACAGCCCUCAGGGGUCCUGCCUCAACAGUGAGGAGCGCCUCAGUCUGCAGAUUAAUCUGUCUGCUUGUGGUGACCGGCCCGCCGACCUGGACAAGCUCAAGCCCUAUGUCAUUGAGCAUAUUUUGUUCCUGUUGGUUGCCCCUGCUGCAUUAGGAAAUGCAAAAAUAGGAAUUUACAUGUUAAAUUCUGGAGGGAAGAAGCUCUACAUAAAGGACAUGCAGGUCUUAUCAAAAGUGGAGGCCAACCUGAAUUUCAAUCAGAUUCUUCUCAGACCAGAGGCAAAAAACUUCACUGAGGUGGCUACCUUCGUAUGCAGAGGUUCAUUGCCAGGUCAUGGACAGAAAUGCACAAAUCAUAUCAGUUUGAAAAUAAUGGGAAAUCAGACAACUCCCAGCUUCCCUGUACUACAUAUCACACACAGACGGAGAGUAGGAGAUCUGUCCAGCCUGUUUCAGGUGAAACAGAGCAAUGCCAACCAGGUAGACCUGUGGUUUACCAACCCUCUUCCCCUGCCCCUGACGGUGUUGAACGCCAGCCUCUCAGAGAAGCUGCAAGGGGUAGUGAAGGUGCUGAACUUCAGUAAUCCACUGAGAAUCCCCCAAGGCUGCUGGCAUAUUCUGUCCCUCCAGUUGCAAAGUAGGGCCCUACCCACCAAACACAUGUUGAGCCUGAGUCUGAAUACCAGCUUAGGCACUGCCCUGCACGUUCCCUUCUACUUCCAUUCUACUUCUAAGGGGGAAGUGGUGUUUGAGGCUGAAGGAGAGUGUGGACGUCAUUGCCCUAUUCGAUUAUCUGAAACAGGUCACACAGAGUGGCAGCGCUCUCUUCUCCCGGACUUUUCCUCCUCAGCCUGGUCUGUAGACAGCAAACUGGCUGCUGAGCUCUGCUCUCGAUGGCAGAGUCGGAAAGACAAAUUGCCCUGCAGGUGGCCAAGAUUCCCGGAUCAAGCUUCUGCUACUUUGGACUUUGGUGCUACACCCGUCAAUGAGAGCAAAGUUAAGACAUUCAUGCUGAAGAAUCCUUCAUCUUCAGUAGUUUCUGUAGAAAUUCGAUUCCUCUCCCUGUAUCCAUCUCCCCUAGAAGCUCUCGACCUCCUAUCCAAAUGGUUCAACAUUAGCCCUCUCUCCGUCAACAUCAGCACAACAGAGUUUUCUCUGUUGGCUUCUCUCAAGGCUGGUGGGAAAAUAGAGCAGAUUAAAGGAGAGGCCGUACUACGUCUGUUGCUGCAACCCUGGGAGGCCAGAGAGGUUUCUGUGGUCUUCACGCCCUCUGAACACAAACCCACCACUACCAUUCUUAUUAUCAGGAACAACUUGACAGUGUUUGACAUGGUGACUGUGCAUGGCCACGGGGCCAAAGAGCUGCUCAGAGUCGGAGGCAAACUGCCCGGCCCCGGAGCCUCCUUACGCUUCAAUGUUCCUCAGUCAACUCUAAUGGAGUGUCGUGAUGGUCUGCGCACCACUAAGCCUCUUUUUGCCAUCAGAAAGAGUUUUAAGGUGGAGAAUGCAGGAGAGCUUCCACUGACAGUCAUGUCAAUGAAUAUAAAUGGUUAUAAGUGUCAAGGAUUUGGCUUCGAGGUGCUGCAGUGUCGUUCAUUCAGCCUUCAGCAAAACACAUCCUCAGAGAUCACUAUUGCGUUUACGCCAGACUUCACCUCAUCCUGGGUGAUAAGGGACCUGACACUGGUGACAUCACGCGGCACCACGUUCCCUUUUACCCUCAACGUAACACUGCCGCACCACAUGCUGCCUCUCUGUGCCCAGGUGGUUCCUGGGCCCAGCUGGGAGGAGACUUUCUGGGUGGUCACCCUCAUAUUUACAUGCUUCUCCUUGUUUGGUGUGUGUCUGAUGGCUUUCCAUCAGGCUCAGUAUAUCCUCAAUGAGUUCUCAACGCCCAGCAUUAGGAAUAACCACAAUUCCGUCCUGUCACGGGACAACAGCCCAGUCAACAACAUCACAUCCAAUGGAGUAAAUAAAACAAAGGGAAGUUGUAAGACAUAUGUGGACACAUGUCACACGUCUGACAAAGGUAAAGGACGCGGCUCCCCAGCUUUGGCCAACAACCCCGCCCCUCGUCCUCAACCCUCAAAGAAAGGCUCUUCAGCCACCCCUUCCCAGCAACAAAAGAAACACAAAGUUUCACUCUAUUACACCAAAUUUAAGUCCAGCACAUCUGCAGCGGUGCCAGUGGAUGAAGAACAUGAAGACCUGACACCAGACUCUCCGCACACCCCGGACUCCUGCAACAACAACCAACCAGAUUUCAUUAGCGAACUAGAUAAAAAGACAUCCAUGGACUUUAAAGAUGGCCAUCAGAGCACUAUAGAGGAAAGAGAGUCAGCAGGGGUUAUGUUUCCCAUGGAAAUACCUGCUGGUUUCCCAAAUGAUGUCAAACUGGGUCCAGGAUCCAGUCCAGGCUUGCUGGUGUACAGGUCAGUGGAGAGGAGCUGCACUGAGCACUAUGCAGAGAAGAGGGAGUCUGAGAAAAGGGACAACUCUGAGCUGGAGCCUACAGAAGAUGGCAAAGGCCAGAAAAAGAAAGUACAAAGUACAGAGAACGUCAAUGCAGUGGGGAAUAAAUCAAAGAAGAGUCGCAGGAAAACGGAAAAUGUCUCCAGUGGUCCUGAGCACAAUGUGCUAGUCAUGCUAGAGAGGGAGAAAGAACCUUAUUUGAAAACUGGGGACCGUGAGGUCGGCGGAACCCGCAACAAGAACCGUUGCUGCAACGGCUUCAAGUCUGAAGCAUUUAAACCUGGACAGAGGGCUGAAAGCCUUCUCAAACAGAGUGGUCUGUGCUCUGCUCGUGGUCGCAGGAAGUGUGCAGCAGAGCAGCGUGCUGGCGGGGUGUGCGAGUCGGGCUCGGACUCUGGCAGCUCAUCCGGUAGCGUGAGGGCCAGCAGGGGCAGCUGGGGCAGCUGGAGCAGCGCUAGCAGCAUGGAGGGAGACAAGGACCACAGUGCACGAACACAAGCCUGCAGUACCUCGUCUAGGAAACGAGACUCCAUGCAGUACAGUGUCUACCCUGCUGAAAGAGAGAGCUAUCAGACCAUCAGUUCUAACUACAAGCCUAUAAGCACAAAGAGCUUGUACCGUACAGACACGUGCCAAAGCCCAGAGACCGCGUCCAGCUUCGUUCCAAGUGUUGAUGCUGUUCCCCCAGAGAUGGACAAGAACAUGGAUAUGACCGGCCAGUAUCCUCCCGAGGGCACGUGGUCAGCUCCAUCCAUUCCCCUCACCAAUGAGUUCAGAUACAACACCCCUGAAGCUUUGCCUUACUUACCUCAACCAGCGCCCACCGGGUCAUACAAUGGGUUUACUUGGAGCAGUGCCAACAGUCAUUGCAACAGCCCCUGCAACUACAUAGUGAAUGGAACAUUUCCAAGUGGUUUUCCCAAUCAAGAGAGCCAAAGCGUACAUGGCAAUCCAACCAGCUGGAGUGAGGAGCAGCCUCAGGAACCCCCGCGAAGCUGGAACACAGCAGCCUGUGUGGGCAGCAAGCCAUACUUCCCGGGCACCCGCAGCCUGUCCCCCAUGUCCAGUCUGUUUGGCUCCAUCUGGACACCCCAGAGCGAGCCUUACCAGAGCCACUUCCACCCUGAGCGAUCGGCCCCGAUUGCCCCCAUGUCACCCGUCACUCCCAUCACUCCCAUCACCCCACCACACGCUACCUUCAGCCGAGAGCCGGAGGGGACCUACGGACCGAUCCAGUACUCCAGCUUCAACCCCUUUGGUCCGCACAUGAACCUGGACAUUUGGAACUCUUCGUCCAACCGCAGCUCCAACUCCCAGCUUUCCAACGACUCCGGUUACUGUGGAGACGUUUAAGAUAACAGAAAAAAACAGGAUGGCAGACCUAAACAAUAACUGCAAACAUAUGAAACAUAUUGUAAAAGAAAGGAAAUAAAAAUGAAUGUUCUUUUAUCAAUAUUGGGGAAAAUGUGAAUAUUUCUUUUCUUUUAUGUUCCAAUUUUCAAAUGUUAAAUGUGAGAGGUGACACAUUUGUUGUAUAUUUUUCUAGGUGUUUUGCAGUUUUGAUCAUAGAAAAAUUAAAAAAAGGUUUUGUAUUGGAAGAA